AUGCUUUGCAAGGAAACGCGUCAUCCGGCCAAGAUGCGAUUGGUCUGUGAACUCGACUACCAAGUCCUAUACCAACACAACCCUCGCCAGAUCGCCAGUCGCCGUCGCAACUGGCAGCUGAACCCCCUCGGUAGGGUUGUCCGGGCAAAAGCUGGUGUUGCCGACCUCACCUGGUCCUGUAUCCCACCUGACGGCGUUAACACGGGGCCAUUCAACAGCCCUCGACUCGGGCCCGUCUCGGUUGAGCCGAACGGCGAGCCACUGACCGGAGCCGAUCUGAAGGGUCGUCCGGUCCAGAUGGAGUUGUCUCCUCUUCACGAGUCCGCCUCGCGGUCGCUGUCUAGUUCCCGCAGUCGGACGGCGAGAUCAAGCAGCCUCGACAUUGACCACUUUCUCGGGCCCGAGCCGUCAUCCGAGGCCGUCGGGCCGUCCACGAAGCCCUUGAAGAAGACGACGUCGCCCUGCCUCGAGGCAGAAGCAACUGUCGCCCUCUCCAGGCCCGGACUCGCCUCGCCGCCCACCGCCCGUCGGGCGGCGUCGAACCGCGACUCGCCAGUUGAUCCGCAAGUUCGAGGCCCCGCCGACGAGUCGUGCUGUUCCAGCCUUGUCCGUCCAACCUUUCAACGCCACCAUCGCCGGACCGGUCCUUCCUUGGUGGAGACCUUUGAAGCUGGCUGUGGAGCCUACGGACCUUGUUCGAUGGAGGAGCGCGAGUUCGUCUAUCCCGGCGAGCCUGCCUUCGGCGCGGCCUUCAACGAGGUCCAGAUUCCGCAACCCGUGGAUAGAUGGACGGGGAAAAAUCUGCUCUGCUGCUCUUGGCCCUUGGCCGGACACGGGCUCUUUCCAUUGGGUGAGGGUCGGAAAGAGGCUUUCCCCUGCACCCGCGGUCGUCGAAGCUGGUGA